AUUCAAACCGGUGCUGUCAUAAUGAAAAGUUGUGUUUACGAUUGUUUAAUUAUUUUUACAAUUGUAUAUCCUUCAAAUUCAGAAAAAACAUUAUAUAAAGAAAUAAGAAUCGCUGAUGGGCCAAUACGUGGAAGAAUUCUAAAAACUGAUAGAAAUAAUGUGUACUAUGCGUUCCAAGACAUUCCAUAUGCAAAACCACCUACUGGUGACCUUCGUUUAAAAGAACCUACUCCCCCAGAAAAAUGGACGAAAGUAUUAAACGCUACCGAUAAUUUAAAAAUUUGCCCACAGUUUCAAGAGGGUCAUGAGGAUAAAAAAGAAAACGAAGACUGUCUUGUAUUAAAUGUUUACACCCCUGUGGAUCCCCAACGCACAUGUACCCAGCUUCCUGUGUUCGUGUGGAUCCAUGGAGGAGCUUUUACGAUUUUUUCUGGAAUUAAAGACGUCUACGGCCCAGAUUAUUAUAUUGAUAAAGGUGUCGUCGUUGUAACGAUGAAUUACAGAUUGGGACCAUUAGGAUUUAUUUCCACUGAAGAUGAUGUCAUACCUAAAAAUCUGGGACUUAAAGAUCAACUUUUAGCCAUCAAGUGGGUUAAGAAAAAUAUUGCCAGUUUUGGAGGAGAUCCAAACAAGGUGACCCUUGGAGGACAAAGUGCUGGAGCUGUGUCUACUGGUUACCACAUUCUUAACACAAGAGAACCAGGACUUUUUAGAGGUGCCAUUUUGGAGAGCGGUUCUGCUUUAAACUGCUUUAGUUUGCAGAAGCAUGCCCGAGAAUUCGCUUUUACACUGGGUUCAAUGCUAGACUCCAAGAUUAGUGACAGUUCUUCAUCUACUGAGUUACUCAGUGUUCUGAUGUCUGCAAAACUUAAAGAUCUGCAGGAAGCAACAUUUAAGAUGGCGACACGUAAAAUCGAAUAUACAAAUUGCUUUCCUAACGUUGAUAUGCAGUGGUCUCCAGUAAUUGAGUUUAAUAACGAUAGCAGUAGUCUGAUACUUGGUCUAAGUCACGAGAAAGUAAAGAACGGACAGAUCAAUAGAGUUCCUAUAUUGAUAGGCGUUAACUCACAGGAACUAUUAUUUUAUGGAGCUCCUCGCAUAAAAAUACUUUGCGACGGUUUCGAUUUAGUUUAUUCUAUGAUUAUAAAUAAAAACUUAAGGAUAAAGAGUGAAAACAAGAAAACAGCAGCAACAGAGAUACGGGAAAUAUAUACCAAUUUCACACUGCGUUCUGACGUAACGACUUGUAUUAACUCUGCUAGCGCUGCUAUGUUCAACGUUCCUUCACAAGAAUAUGCCGUGUUACACUCGGAGUAUGCAGAUACUUACUAUUACAAUUUUUCUUACCGCGGAUUGCUUGGAAAAAUGUCUUAUCAUGUUGAAGGACAAAAAGGGGUAGGGCACUUCGAAGAAAUUAGUUAUUUUUGGAAAAAUAACACACUUAUUCGACAAACAAUGCCGAAACAGGACUGGGUGAUUAGCAAUCGAGUGAUGGAGCUUUGGACGCAGUUCAUAAAAUAUUUAAAUCCCACCGCAAAAAGAUGCAGAAUUUCCGGAAAGGUUAGUUGGCCAAAAGUAACGUCGACUGAUUUUGAUUACUUAGAUAUAAAUUCCGAACUACUGGUUAAGAAACAUCCCAAACAUUUUCUGGAAUGGAAGGCAGUUUACAAUAAAUACGCUGACGAAAAGCUAGAUACGUAUUAGAUAAAGUGGAAACUGCUGUUUAUAAUAUUUAUAUUUCAUGAUAUGUGAGAAAUAUAAAAAAUAUACAAUUCUCAUUUAAUAAACACUCAUUAUAA